UCUCCGUCGCCGCGAAAGCGACGACUAAAUCUCCCGAAUAAUCCACCGUCUUGUCCAUGCAUCCAUGUCGCCAUGAACAACCCAUGACUCCCUGGGCAGAGCACAAAUCAAGAUCACGAAACAGUAAUCAGGAGCCAUGCGUACAUCUCCUCCUCAGCUAGAGUACGUCCCACGAGGACGAGGCGAAGCAUGCGUGCGUGCAAUGGCACAUCGGCGGAAGCAAGUUGAUUUGUUUUGGCGGGUCGUGUCUCCAUAAAUCGUCGCCUCACGCGCCCGCGGUGGCCAGCCAUAUGCACCGGCUCUCCUUGCUUGCUUGGAUCGUCAGCUCUUGGUCGCUCCACUAAUCAAUGGCUUCCUGCUUCCGGGCGCGUCGGCAACCGGCAGCGCCAGCGCCGCCGCCGCUGAUUCCGUACGAGUCGUCGUACUCGGAGAUGGAGGGAGCGAUGGAGAACAAGAGGUGGGACAGCCUCGACUCGUGGUCGAUGCUGCUUGACGCGGGAGGCGGCGCGGAGCAGCAGCAGCCGAGCUCGUCGGCGGCGGAGGAGUGGAUGGCGGACCUGUCGCAGCUCUUCAUCGGGAACAAGUUCGCGUCGGGGUCCAACAGCCGCAUCUAUCGCGGCAUCUACCGACAGCGCGCGGUGGCCGUCAAGAUGGUGCGCCUCCCGGAGCGCGACGAGGACCGGCGGCGCGCGCUGGAGGACCAGUUCAACUCGGAGGUGACCUUCCUCUCGCGGCUCCGCCACCCCAACGUGGUGCAGUUCGUCGCCGCGUGCAAGCGCCCGCCCGUGUACUGCAUCAUCACCGAGUACAUGUCGCAGGGCACGCUCCGCAUGUACCUCCACAAGAAGGACCCCUACUCGCUCUCGCCGGAGACCGUGCUCCGCCUCGCGCUCGACGUCGCCCGCGGCAUGGAGUACCUCCACGCGCAGGGCGUCAUCCACCGCGACCUCAAGUCGCACAACCUGCUUCUCAACGACGAGAUGCGUGUCAAGGUCGCCGACUUCGGCACCUCAUGCCUAGAGGCGCACAGCUCACGCGCCGGCACCGGAGCGGGAGCGGGAGCGGGAGCGGGAGCCGGAGCCGGUGGCGGCGGCGGCGGCGAAGGGAAGGGUACCAACAUGGGCACGUACAGGUGGAUGGCGCCCGAGAUGGUCCGUGACAAGCCGUGCACCCGCAAGGUGGAUGUGUACAGCUUCGGCAUCGUGCUGUGGGAGCUCACCACCUGUCUGGUGCCGUUCCAGGGCAUGACCCCCGUCCAGGCCGCCUACGCCGCCUGCGAGAAGAACGCUCGGCCGCCGUUGUCGCCGACGUGCCCGCCGGCGCUCAACAACCUCAUCAAGAUGUGCUGGGCCGCCAACCCGGCCAGGCGGCCUGAGUUCAGCUACGUCGUGUCCGUGCUGGAGAACUACGAUCACUGCCUCCGGGAAGGGCUCCCACUGGUUACGCCGCCGUCGCCAGUGUCCUCGUUUCUCAGCAUCUUCAAGCUCGGCUCCUGCAUAAGCACCACCAACCUCCCCUCCAUGCCCGUCCACGUCUAAUCAUAUCCAUUCAAAUUUAUUGGUUCCUGCGGAACUAAUUAGCAAUCUGAUUCUUAGAACGAUCACCUGCGCCGGCCUAACUGACACCGCCUCGCUGCUCCGGUCAGUCGGUCACACCUCUGAGCUGCGCCCGUCGCAUCAGCGACACCCCACCCGUAUCAUCGACCGCCCGUCCUAUGCCGUAUGCCGACAGCACCGCGGCGAGCCACGUCCUCGUCUCCGUCUAUCUCUGUGCGAAGCAAAUCAACUGACACGCAAAUUUA